GUUCUGGGCUCUGGACAGUUGCUGCGGAACAGGGAAUAAUUCUGGGCAACAUAAGUCAACCUGUGGUGCUUAGAGCAGUGCCAGUCGGUCUCCCCCUGCGCGUUUCUUUUCCAGUCCGAGAGGCGGGGGUCAACACGGGUUUGUUCCGUGUGCGGGAGUGCGUCACGCCGAGAGAAACACUGCGGGGCUGCUGCUCGGUGCGCCAUGGCUAGUUUUGAAGAGGCAGCCGUGGUGGAGAGGGCCACUGGUGUGGUACGCGUUGAACCCGAGCAAGAAGCAGCGCUAGGGGGUUCGUCCUCUUCACGAGCCAGCGACCAGCAGCAUGAGCGAGGAAGAGAAUGCAACGGGGGCGGUGACAACUCGUCGCCAAGAUGGACCAGGUCGCACUCGCCUUUGAGGCAGCUAUUGAGUUCCUCGGCAAGUAGCAGACCUGGUUCCCCGAAGACCGGCAACGAUGGACUUGGAAACGGAAUAGGUGGUGGCGGUGGCGGUGGUUCUGCUGGCGGCAUGCAACCCAUCUCCUCAUUAGACUUCGCCCACGAGGAAGCACUGGGGGUGCUGGCUGGAGCAGCGGCGAACGCAAAGCCUUGUGACAUACCGCCGUCUGAUGAUAUUGAACGUGCUGCUCAGCACGAGCAGCGGCCACAGCAGCCGCAACAACAGCAGCGAGUCUUCGUAAAGAACGUGCUCCGUCCCGUGUCGUACGAUGAGUGCCACAUUCCUUCGGAAGAUGGACAAGACGAUGGUGGCCACGAUGACAACGUCAACGCAGGCAACGUUCCGCGGCCCCUGCUCGCCACGGUCGUGUCGUCUGACCCAGUUCCCUCGGUACGACAGCCUAGCUAAUAUGUCUCUGCUGCUACCGCCCCGUCGGUACCUGGACCGACAACACAACGAGUGUGUGGUAUUACAGAGAAGCUGACGGUGGUCAUUUUUCACGUGGCGUAGAGGGGUGAUGCGGUGAAAGGUGAAGCCAGGCGAAGAGUCAGCGAAUCGCGGACGCGGAGGUAAUACGCCGAUAAGCUCUUCACAGGGGACAUUUCACAGAAAAGGGCAUGGGGUUGCGGGAAGGUGAAGGGUGUGGGAGGCGAAAACAUUGGCAUUGGAUUUUCGUUUUACAUAGUAGUGGUGCGUCAUUGUUUCGUUUGGUAGCGCAAGAGGUACUACAGUAGUGGUAGGACCGUUGUACUGCAACCGGGUUUUGCAACGCCAACGCUUCUCCCGGAAAUGCAUGUAUUGUCGUUUCGGAAAUUUAUAAACAGAAAGUGUAUCAUCCUAGAACGAGCUAAUGUACCAGAGCGCUAAUGAGGUUGCUGUUGGCUCCUCACACGAAACCUUGAACUCUUUUUUUAAGACCCUCGUGCGUUUCGUGCGGAGGAGCUCGUGCUAAUAGCAUCUUUUCCGUGAAGUGC